UGAUCAAAACAUAGUUCUGUAGCUCUCAUCUGAGUCGCGUGUUGCUCUCGAUCGUAGUUUGCCAUGGUGGCGCGUAGUGAGAGCAUGUAUGGGUGUUACGACUACUCCUAUCGACUGUGGAGUUUAGCCAAUAUUUGGAACAACUAUCAACCCUCGCCUCUCACAAAUGGUGUAAUAAAAGAAGAAGACCUCGCCUCGACUCCCGAAUACUUCAUAAAAUGUCCUCAAUGCCAAAAAGGAUGCCAGACUUUCCAAGCCCUCAAAGAACACAUGGAAUCUUCCCACGGAGAACUCUCCAUGGGUUUGGACGCCAGUCUUCCCAUAGCUAGUGCCGUGUCACCGACUCCUAUCUUGGCUGGUACGGGUGGUCCCUUCGGUUGUUCACAGUGCACCACUUCGUUUUCUUCUAAGGACCAAUUGGAAAAGCACGAACUGUUGCAUUCGCCAAACGCACAAGUGUCAUGCAAAAUCUGCAACAAGACCUUCGCUAACGUUUACCGUUUACAAAGGCAUAUGAUCAGCCAUGACGAGAGUGCUGUUCUUAGGAAAUUCAAGUGUACAGAGUGCGAUAAGGCCUUCAAAUUCAAACAUCACCUCAAGGAACACAUCAGGAUUCACAGUGGAGAGAAACCAUUUGAAUGUGGAAACUGCAGCAAAAGAUUCUCCCAUUCUGGUUCCUAUUCUAGUCACAUGACAUCAAAAAAAUGUCUAGUAAUGAAUCUCAAAUUAGGUAGAACAAGAGCUCCUCCUCCAAGCAACUCUUUGAUGGACAAGAAUUCUCAACAGAACGUUAGAGUACCAAAGAGGCCUAACAUUAACUCAAUAAAUAACAACAUCACAUCUAGUCCGAAUCAUAAUUCUUAUUUACCAAUUCUUCCUAAGUAUUCGGAAGCCGCAGCCGCUGCUUUUCUUCAGUCUUCAUUGGCUGGUAGUCCUACCAUCCCCCCUUUUUACUUAGCCCCUCCUAGUAUGCUCAAUGCAACCCACCCAAUCAGUCCUUACUCGAUGCCAUCUCUGGGUCAUAUUUUAGAACAGUUGCAACACCACCAGCAACACAGCCCAUUACGACCUCCUCUGAUGGAAAAUUCCGACAACCAUCUAGAAGACAUCAGGCAACAAGUAAUUAACGCAAACAUCAACCAUCCUGACAGUUACAAUAAGUCAGAUAGCACUGGAAACGUCACGAACUCCAAUGCAUCCGAGUGUGGGGACCUGGUGAUGGAUGAAGAUGCAGAACCUGAACCUGAAACAAAAAAUGACAACGAGGGAACUCGUACGAACAAUGGUGAUUUAGAAGCGGUAAAAAAGAUCCUAGAAACUGUGAACGCAACUGUUACAAAAGAACUUCUGCAGGCGAAUAUGCAGAAAAUCUCUUCAGAAUCUUCUAGUGAAUGUCACAGCAUAGCUUCCGCUCAUUCCCCAAAACUGAUUCCUAGGUGUAGUAGUUGCAGGAAAACUUUUGAAUCUUCUGCUUCACUAGAAGAACAUGAAUGUGAAGACGGUAAAAGUGAAGGAUUAGCUGCUAAACUAGAAGACGCGCUCACAACAAAGUCCGAUGAUGUUCAUAACGAAAGUCUCAGUGGUGAAGACCAGGAUUUCGAUAGGAUGCAUUACAAUGCCAGUGACGACUUAGAUUCAGAAUCAUUCACCACAACUGAUCAUGUAUCGGAAGAUGGCAGGAAAGUUCGAGUGAGAUCACUUAUAUCAGAUGAGCAGUUGAAGGUUCUCAAAGAUAAUUAUAAAUUGAAUCCAAGACCAAAGAGGGAAGACUUAGAGAAAAUUGCUUCUAGCAUAGGCUUUCCAGUUCGGGUUGUACAGGUUUGGUUCCAGAAUACCAGAGCUCGGGACAGGAGGGAGGGCAGGUUAAUUCAAGUGCCCUACAGUCCAGCUUCCAACCCAACACGAUUCACCUUGCAGGCAAAGGUACCCAUCAGCAUGUCCCCGGAUCAGUACAUCUCGGAACAACCUUUAGAUCUAUCUGUCAAAAGAGAAUCUGUAUCCAAUGAAUCGUCACCUUCUUGCUCCCCACAAAGACCAUCUUCAGCAAGUCAGCACUUCGAAAAUAACGAUGAAGUAGUGAACCUCAGUAGAAAAACUUCCAGAAGUCCGUCUUACAUACCUUACCCAAAUCAUUUCCAGAGCUCUAAUUCUUCUGAGGCUGGUCAAUCACCAUCAUCUUUAGAUUUUAAUAGCAGCCGACUGGCCCAAAUCUUAGCACAACCGGCACAUAAAUUAUCCUUAUCCGGUAUGGGGCUGGUACCCAUGGACCAGUUGAUGCAAUUUGGAGCUGCUGACCUUCCUAGUUUAUCGCAACUGAUUAACAGUAGGAUUACUAGUUUGAGUCCCAAUUCUGACAAACGACCCUGGAUUGAACCUAGAGAUCUGUCCAAUGAUAUGUCUGAAGAAGACCUGUCAAAUGCUAGCAAACGAAGUAAGGUGUCUCAGUUUGUGCUCAAGAGCCUUGGCAGCCCAGUGUUAGGGAAUCAAGAUAUCGAAAUAGAGGGACAAUUUACCUGUGAUCAAUGUGACAAGGCAUUCUCCAAACAGAGCUCGCUUGCCAGGCACAAAUAUGAACAUUCAGGUCAACGUCCCCACAAAUGUGACGAGUGUCCUAAAGCAUUCAAGCACAAACAUCACUUAACUGAGCACAAGAGGUUACACAGUGGUGAAAAACCUUUUCAGUGCGGUAAAUGCUUGAAAAGAUUUUCCCAUUCAGGAUCCUACAGUCAACAUAUGAAUCAUCGAUACUCUUAUUGCAAACCAUACAGAGAGUAAAUCUUCGUAAUGCUUUAAGUGUAAAUACAUAGCUUAGGUUAGUUGAGAAACUAACUAAAAAAAUCUUGCCAAAUAUGUAUGUGUAUAUAGCAGUUGAAAGAGAUGCCAAAUAUUUAUAGAAAGUACUAUGAAUUAUUUUUUUUCAAGUAAUCAACUGAAUAAGAAGAUACUGAAAUCGUCAAACUCUAAAGAAUAUUCGAAUCCUUUUUGAGAGAUCUGAAAAAUCAAAGUGUUUAUUAGUUACUUAUGGUUAACAGAUAACUUGAUCAAUUGAUAGAAGUGCUGUGCUUAAGGAUGUUUCUCCUAAACAAGAUUUACUUAACAUUUUCAUAAAACUUUGAGAAAUUGUAUUUAAUUGUAUGUGAUGAAAUCUAUAGAAUGGGAUGGGGAAGAAUGACAUUCGGAACUUCUGUAAUACCUCAAUAACUGUUUGGUCAGAUGGCAUUCACUUGGUUGGUGAGUUCUACUUAUGAAAACAUUGCUCUUCUGAAUUUUGGUUCGAUUCCAACUCGAGGAUGAUUGGUAUUUACUGCACUCAUGCUAGAAAUUGCACAUCGAAAGGUAAAACUUUGUUAAUCUUAACUUUUGAAAAGUUUCCGACUUUUUAGAGUUGUUCGUGUCUUGACGACAACUGUUUGUACUAACUAUGUAGCUAGAGUGGGCCUAUAAAGAAUCCAAAACGGAAUCGGCAAAACGAAAAAAUUUCAUGCAAUCGGUUUCAUUACACCACUUUUUUACACUUGAUUGGAAUCAGCAAUGAUUUACUCAAAAUAAUUAUCCUGUUUUAUGAAAUUGAUUUUAUUAAAAUGCUUUUUUAUACCAAUAGAGUGGAUAGAGUUUAUUCUCUAUACAAAUCAAAAAUUGUAUAUAGUCGUCAAAAAAAAUAUAAGCGAAUAAUCUGGUGUUCUUAUGAAACAAACUGUGAGCUAAAAUGCUAGUAGAUAUAGCUUAGAAAUAUCAACAAAGGCUUAAAAACGUUUUGACUGUAAUUCUAAUCAACGAAAAUGUACCCAAAAUAUUUUUUAAUCUUUUUGAUUUCAUUAUUAAAAUUAUCUGGUCUUCAGUUUUGCUUUAUAUUUAUAUUAAGGAAAUAAUCCAAACGUUAAUUAUUGACGUAGAGAAGUUUGAAAAUCCGUCAUAUAGUAAUUUUCAUCAUAUAUGAUAAUUUUCAACAUAUAUUAGGUACUAUAAAAGUUCUUUAAGUACUGAGAACUUUCAGUUGCAAUUGACCUGGAGGAACUUCCUUCGAGCACACAUAUUCAAUUUCUGGAGGUUUAUUCCUAUUAUAUAUUCAUAUACAAUUUUGGAAUAUCAUAAGAUUACAAUGUUCACAAAAUGUACUAAAAAACGAGCAGUAACAAUCACUUUGGUAUGGAAUUUUUUUUAUUAUAUGAAUUCCCAGAGAUUUUUGGUUGCAUACUCCCGUAUUUAUAUUUUUAUAUUCAUUUACAAGUUGCAAUACAUUCGAAUGAUCACUUUCUGGCAAGAACUGAAAAAUUAAUUCCUCAAUGAAAAACUUUAGUUGUGAAAAUUGAUUUCUUGCCUUUUUCAUUAUCUGUAAAUAACUUGUCUGGUACCUGUAUGAAAAUACUCAUAGUAUACAGUUGAUUAGUGCCAGGAAAUCAAACGUCUUCCACCACUCCCAAUAGCAGUGGUGUAGUAGGCAAGGGGCACCAAGGCAAUUGUUCGAAAAAAUUUAGUCAUUAUGUGCAAUUUGAAUGCCGCGAGUUACCACAUUUGAUAGGAAGUAAUUUUAAAAGAGUUUAUUGUGAUUGGAAGAUUUGAGAUAUUAUUUUUUUAUUAUUACGAAUAUGUAGAUAUGUAAUAUAUAGAUAUUGCUUUAUUAAAAGUGCCAUACAUCGAUGAGUGAAAUUGUAUAGCCAAACUGUAGAUAUUUUAUGGUUUCAUGACAACGAUUAUUUAGGGUUAAAGAAAGUUGGUAACCUGCCUCUAGUUUAUAAACAGUACAAUAAGGGCCGAUGCAACCGAUGCAUCCAAGGUGUUACAUGACAAUACAUAGAGCUCAUAGAUUUCAACAAUACAAUGAAAAAGUGGUGCAAGCCAUUACUCACUAUCUUUUGUAAGCAUUUAUUUAUUAACCAAAUGAUAUUUGUAAGUUGGCGGUGAUUUCGUUACCACUAGAUUAAAGAACAUUUUUAGGUACUUUUAAAUUUAUAAAGUAUGCAAAGGCGAUUUUUGAGAAAUAAAAUGGUGUCGGAAUAUUUUUGAUCAAACAUCCUUACGACUUUCACAUUGGUAAGCUCCUUGUAGACAAUUAUAAAUGUAAAAGUCUAUUUUUGUACCAUUCCGUUUUUGUUUGCUGUUUCGACACACAACUUCGAAAAUCGCCAGUGAAUAUUUAAGCCAUUCCAAAUUAUGUACCUAACAUGAUUUCCAGUGUGCAAGUUCGUAUAUUAUAAGGUUUUGACAAUAACAUAGCUAUUUGAUAUAAACCUAUUUAGUACUGCUAAUGUUAAUUGAAAGAAAGUAGCAUUUAUUCUAUGAAUCUCAAGAUAUGUGAGAAAAAAGCGAGGUAUAAGAAAUUAUAUUAUAUAUACAAUUUAUAUAUUAACAUAAAUUUUAAUAAUAUUAAGGAUAUUCUAUAAAUUUCUGUGUAUAGGUCUAUUCUGUAAAUAUUGAAUGUUCAUUCCUCUUCAUUGUCUAAACUUUCUCUUCGUUUUCAGACAUAAAUGCCAUCUUAUAUGAAAAUUUAUAUAGAAUGAAUCCCUUGUCGAUGUUCUAUUUUCAAUGAGCAUUCUUGAUAAUCUGGUUUUUUGACAUUUUUUCUUGUAUAUUAUUGUUUUAUGACUUUUUUGUUGAAAUAUUGUAUUUUUUUACAUUGGCUAGUUUUACCAAAGAAUAUGUAAUAUAUUUAGCCUUUCAUAGUUUGAUGUUCAUUUUUUUGUUUAUUUUUAUUAGUUUUCUUUAUUAUAUGUUUAUAUAAAUGAUCUUGUAAAAAUGGUGACUAUAUCGAAUGUAUGUGUAAAUUCUAUUAUGAAAAGUUGAAAAAUGUAUUUUACUCAACAUGAAUAAACUUCUGAAACAAUUAA